AUGGAGAGUGUGGAGGUGGUGACAGUGAAGGCAAUCGAAGCGACUCCGUCAACCUUCCAAGACUACGGUCAGGUCAUUGAGCCUUUACCAGACACCCAGGGGUUUGGUCCUCAUGAUGCUCAACUUGACCUCUCUCAAGGAAUUCCCAGGUUCUACAUUAUGCAUACUGAAAACCGGCCGCUUGAGUUUUCUGAUAUCACACAUCAUGCAUGUGUGACUCAGUGCCUUGGGUCCAUUGGUGGUAAUGUUUGGUAUCUUGGUGUGGCUAAGCCAUCCAUUGUUGAUUCAAAUGAAAUCAAGGAUAACACAGGCAAGACAAUCCUGCAGUCACCCAGUGGUCAUUUUUACGCGCCUCCUGCCAUUGAGGAUGUCCGCGUUUUCAAGGUUUCAGGUCCCAAAUUUCUCAAGCUUAACCGUGGGACAUGGCAUAUCGGUCCUCUAUUUACGUCUGACGCAAUGGACUUUUAUAAUCUAGAACUCAGCGAUACAAAUGAGGUUGAUCAAACCACACACUACUUCAAGGAGCAUGAUGGAGUGGCUUUUUCAAUUGAGGAGUAA